AUGCCUGGUUCCCUCACGUCCCCAACGGAUGCUAAUGGCCCCGCCAACUCAAACAGCGCAAGCCAAAAAGACGACGCAAACCCACCCAAGGAAAGACGAGAGCCCAGAUUCCGAAAACAACCAAGAGGCGCGCAGCGACCAACAUCUCUGAAUCUGUCUGAAUCAGAAUUCCCCAUGGUUACGCAAGAUCCCAUGCGGAUUUCUGCUCACGACGCAAGCCAGUAUAUAGCCAGGCGCCGUGGCCCCCAGAUCUCGCCAGCACUUUCUUCCUCUGUACCCAGCACCGCUCCCAACGACGUCUUCUCGGAACGUCAAGCUGAUUCCAGGACUGAUCUGAGCUGGAGCCCAGAGUUCCCCGAGUACGCUAUUGCAAGCCAGCCUCCAUCGCAAAUUUUACCCGCGUUUGAUCCUCAGUUCGGAGGGCAGUAUCCUUUGCCACAAUCGUACCCCAUUCACAACUACGGUGCACCAGAGACUCCCCGGGGAAAUGGUCCUUUCCCGUACUUUCAACCCCCUCACUUUCCAAACCCGAUGGUUGGUCCGAACCCAAUGAAUCCCCCGAACCCAAUGCUUCCCCAACCUAGAGCAGAAAAGCCACCCUUGAGCGGCUAUGAUUUGUUGGCGGCAAAACUGACAGACGAUUUGGGAGGAGGGGCGCCUAUCACGCCCAUGUAUCGCCGAUUCGAGUGCAUCAACCAUCGGGUUUUGCUGUCUUUGCAAGAUGAGAUUACUGUCCUUGAAGAGAAUCUCUUGGACAUGGACGAAAUUGACUCAUUGAAUCGACUACAAGCCGGAAUUCCACUUCCAGCCUCUGAACGGGAGGAGAGAGUCAGCAAUCACGAUUUCCACCUGAACAAAGCGAGGGUCUUCUCACAGCUUACCCAAAAGCUUCAGACCUACAACACACUUCUCGCCUCUUUCAAAGACGUCCAGAAUCUGCCCCCACCAACACAAAAUGAGAUUCGCGACUACAAGGCCUUCCUCGAAGAAAAAAGACCGAUCGCAGACUCCGAGACUAGAUUUCUCGACGAACCUGAUCUCGUCCUGUUGGAACCUCGUCCACCCGUGGCGAAGCGGGCUCCAGAUGACCAAGUCCCCCGCCCGGUGCGUGGCCCUGGGCAUGGCCCGAACAGAUUGGCUACCGCCCAUAGACAUAUUUUUGAUCGAGGUCCGCUCUUUCAUCGGGGCCCGCUCCAAGAAGUGGCCAUCGGGGCUGUCACGGCUAUUUUUGGCCCUCUACUUGCUUUUCCUGUCAUUCACGACUUUGCUGGGCGCAUGACCAUUGUGAUCCUCUUCGGAGCCAUCGUUUGCAUGGUCCUAUUCAGCACGGGUGCGUUCAACCUGGCGGCGGCAACAACCCAUGAUACUCAAGAAUAUCUCGUCUACGGAGGCGUCUACGUCGGGGGCAUGACCGUGCUUGCCCGGUUCCUUCAGUAA